AUGGAUUCUAAGUUUGGAAUCGUCUCCUUGAGCAUUGUAAUAACUUUGAUUUUUUCACUGGCUCCAAAACUCGAGGCCAACCUCACAACGGUCGAACAAGCUCCAAAGUCUGAUGGGUCGGUCACUUUUCUAGUCAUUGGAGAUUGGGGAAGACGUGGACUCUACAACCAGUCCCAAGUUGCUCUCCAGAUGGGAAGAAUCGGGGAGAAGUUGGACAUCGAUUUUGUGGUAUCAACGGUAUUGGGGAAUCACGACUAUAGAGGAGAUGUUGAAGCACAGUUGAGUCCUCUCCUCAGGUCAAUAGACAGCCGUUGGAUUUGCAUGAGAUCCUUCAUCGUAGACGCUGAGAUUGCAGAGCUCUUCUUUGUCGACACCACUCCUUUUGUAGAUGAUUAUUUCCUCAAUCCAAAUGGCCAAGAUUACGACUGGAGAGGCGUAUCACCCCGAGAAUGCUAUCUUCAAACAAUCUUAACGGACUUGGAGAUGGGUCUAAGAGAAUCAAGAGCAAAGUGGAAAAUUGUGGUGGGUCAUCAUGCCAUCAAGAGUGCUUCCAGUCAUGGGAAUACCAAAGAGCUUGAAUCUCUCCUCUUACCCAUCCUUGAGGCGAAUAACGUUGAUCUCUAUGUGAACGGUCAUGAUCAUUGCUUGCAACAAAUUAGCACAUCUCAGAGUCCAAUUCAGUUUAUAACCAGCGGAAGUGGAUCGAAGGCAUGGAGAGGCUACUACAAUUGGACAACAUCAGAGGACAUGAAAUUCUUCUACGAUGGACAAGGUUUCAUGUCGGUUAAGAUCACUAGAACCGAUAUGAGUAUCGCUUUUUAUGAUGUCUCCGGCAAUAUUCUUCACAAGUGGGACACAUCAAAAAUGUAA